AUCGGUGAGUACUGAGUUGGCCAGAAUCUGACUCGAGUGUGAAGGCCGCAGCAUUCAAAUUGAUUGAUGUCUGCCUCUGUGAAUUCAGUCAUAAAUUUCCCAAUCGUCCCUUCUAUAAAGCUCCCGUCUUCAAAUCCUACGAAUCACUGCGCACCGUAUUCAGCAAACCCAUAUUUUCCUCUAAAGGACCGAUCUUCAAUCCAAGCUCCUCAGUUUCUCCGCCCUAUACUUCGGGCCACAACUGCCAUGGAAACGGUGCAGAGUGACGCAACUGUCAAAACCAGUUCAGACCUCCCAAUGAAGCUUUUGUUUGUGGAGAUGGGUGUCGGCUACGAUCAACAUGGGCAAGAUAUUACUGCUGCAGCAAUGCGGGCAUGUCGGGAUGCCAUCUCCUCCAAUUCAAUUCCUGCAUUUCGCAGAGGGUCCAUACCUGGUGUCACAUUUGAACAAAUGAAGCUACAAAUCAAGCUAGGAGUACCUCAUUCCCUUCAGCAAUCCCUGGAUAUUGAGAGAGUCAAGUCUGUCUUUCCUUAUGGAAAAAUUUUGGACGUCGAAGUUGUGGAUGGAGGAUUAAUUUGCUCCAGUGGCGUGCAUGUCGAAGAAAUGGGAGAUAAGAAUGAUGAUUGUUACAUAGUGAAUACUGCAGUAUAUGUUGGCUACUAGUGCUCCACUGCCUCAUCCAUGUUAUCUAAGCUGCAGGUGGUGCUCCUCCCGGAUAAGUAGACCCUGAUAGUGGCUGCAAUUCGCCGCCGCAGCUCUUCUUUGGUUGAUUCCAGUCCUUCCCUCUGUUUCAAGAAACCCUCUUUAGUAUUUGACAGACUAAUCCUGAAAAUGAGUUAUUGUUUUGAAAUGAUUUUGUGGGUAGUGAGGUUUUUGACAUACUGAUAAUGGGUAGGAGAAAUCCCCUGGAAGAA